AUGACGGAGGCUUCUAACUCUGACACAUCAUUGAACAAAGGCAGCAUGCCUGGCGGAUUUAAGGUGCGAACAGGAAUACCAAUAGGGUCGAUGGAUGAGAAGCUCAGGAGGAUCAACGAGGAGUUCAAAUCAAGGGCAUGUGCAGGAAGUGGGUUUGUGUUUAACAAUAAUGUGAAGCUAAAGCCGCCAAAAAGCUAUUUUGGAAAUGAUGUGAAUGAGAGCGAGUCUGAACUGUCAAGAUCUGAGUGUGAUACUCAACCAACCCGAAGUUCAGAGGGAAGUGGUGUGAAGCAAAGGGAUGGAUUUGUUGGAGGAGUGAUACCUUGGAAAACAGGAUCGAGUAGCUUUAUGAUGAGCGGGAUUGCUAAGGACGGCAAACCUGGAAUGCUAGGGAUUGAUCUGUACAAGAAGCAUGCAACUGAGCCAAGCAGGUCAUGUGUAAGUAUGUGUGAGAGUGGUACAAGCAUUGAAUCUAAGCCAAGAUCAGGAUAUGUCAAGUCUGUAGUUGACAGCACAAUGUUUAAUAAAGAAGCAUCGUUCAAUUACACACAGCAUUUUGGACGGAAUGCAUCAGCGGUGUCUAUUGAUGGCAUGGAGAUGUCUGGAAUGUCUAGCAUCAUGACUAAUGGGUCUUUACUGAGCAGCAGAGUGUUUUCAGCACAUGAUAAAUCAAUCGGGCAUAAACCACAUGCGAGCUUUGGAAUGAAUAACUCCCAGAUGUACACAAGCAAUCCUAAGCAACUACUGUCAUCAACAGAAGAUAUGGCUGGAUCGCCCACAUUUGCGCCCAUAGAUGUGAUGUAUGUGAAAUCAAUGUGCGGGCCAAAAACAGAUACCGAAAGUAAUGCAUCUAGAGAAUCAAGGGACUCAGUGGGAGUACAAAGGGAAAUAAUACUUGAAGAACCUCCACUACAGCUGUAUGCACCAGGAAAACGACUUACUAUCCAUCCCCGAAUUAAAAUACUCAAUACGGUAUUAAACUACGAAGGCACAGUUGAAACAACACAAUACUACAUUUUGAUUGAGUCAGAUGUCAGCUGGUGCGUGUGCAAGUCACUUGGAGAGAUUUUGGGCAUUGUUCCUGAGGUUGAAUGCUCUACACUGACAAAUGCACACUCCCCACAGAGCAGAGCAGUAAGGGACAGGAUUAUACAGGCAACAUUGAACUCAAGAAGCAUGAACAAGCAAAUGCAGUCAUUUAUUCUGUCUGGAAUAGUUGAUGCACAGGAGCAGCGAUCGUCGUAUCUGUUGAUGGACAGCAACGGAUGGAAAGCAUACAUUUUCAAGUUUGUCGGCAAGGCUCUUAUAUGCUACGAAAAGAAUAAGGUGUUCAAGAUUCUUCUACUAAGCGGAUGCAGUGUUGUCCCAACAGGCAGCAAUGGAUUCCGACUGGAAAAGUCAAAGGAAAGCAUAGAGCUAUACACCACCUGUAAAAAAGAAAGAGACUCUUGGAUGUCAGACAUACGAGAGUACAUCUACAAGCUACAAUAA